ACCACCUCCUCCUCCUCUACCUCCUCCUCCUCCUCUACCACCACCACUACCACCACCACCCCCGAACAUGUCCAUCUUCUCCUUCUCCACUCCGCUCGACAUCGACAUCGUCCUCGACAGCACCGACGACCGCCCCACCGUCGACGUCAAACUCGACAAGUCCCGCCGCGAGAAAUGCCCUCUCUACCUCGACGGCGAGACCGUCAAGGGCGCCGUGACCAUCCGACCCAAAGACGGCAAACGUCUCGAACACACAGGCAUCAAAGUGCAAUUCGUCGGCACCAUUGAAAUGUUCUUCGACCGCGGCACCCACCACGAAUUCCUCUCCCUCCAAACCGAACUCGCCGCGCCCGGCGAACUCCAACACCCCGUCACCCUCCCCUUUUCCUUUAAAAACGUCGAAAAACCAUACGAAUCCUACCACGGCAUCAACGUCAAACUGCGCUAUUUCUUGCGCGUCACCGUCAGUCGCCGCAUGGCCGAUGUCGUACGCGAGAAGGAUUUGUGGGUAUAUUCGUACCGCCAACCACCAGAAACCAACAGCGUGAUCAAAAUGGAUGUUGGGAUUGAAGAUUGUCUACACAUUGAAUUCGAAUACUCCAAAUCGAAAUAUCAUCUCAAAGAUGUCAUUGUCGGUCGCAUCUAUUUCUUGCUCGUACGCCUCAAAAUUCGCCAUAUGGAACUCUCCAUCAUUCGACGCGAAACUACGGGUGUGCCGCCGAAUCAGUACAAUGAGUCGGAGACGUUGGUGCGCUUUGAAAUCAUGGAUGGGAGUCCCAGUCGCGGGGAGACGAUUCCCAUUCGAUUGUUUUUGGGAGGUUUUGAUUUGACGCCGACGUUUCGCGAUGUGAAUAAGAAAUAUAGUACGAGGUACUAUUUGAGCUUGGUCUUGAUUGAUGAGGAUGCGAGGAGGUAUUUCAAGCAGAGUGAAAUUGUCCUGUAUCGCCAGGCGCCUGAGAAUAGUGAGUUGGCGCAGAGACAGGCCAAGGAGAUACAGGCGAGUUAGGAGGAUGGAUGGAUGGUAGACGAGUACUCUCGACCUGGUCGUCGUUGUUGUUGUUCUUUCCUUUUCUCCUUUUUGCUUCUCCUUCUCCUCCUCAUUCGAAUGAAGAAGAGGAUUCGCACAACAGCUGCGACCAUGAAAAGCAUCAUGAACCGGUGGUGUAUAGAACGAGUGUGUGAACUACUAGGCAGCGAGGCGUCAAGGCGUCAUUAUUUGGAUAUAUUUCUCAUGUAUGAAAAUCAC